AGAUCCACAUGCGCUCUAUUUACUUUCCUUCUCAUCGAGAAGAGCUGAAGGAACAGAGAGAAGCCCGAAACAAGUAGAGAGAAAGGAGAUAAGAAAAAUCGACAGUAAGGCAGCAAAAUCGAGUGAAAAUAUUGUGUCUGUUGAUUUGAAGAUGAUCUGGUAUAAUUGAAAGAAGAUGAAGAUAACUCAGUGACCUGAUUGUGUUUUCAAUCCAUCUAGAGAAAAGGCUUCAAUAGAGAUCGUUGGUCGUCAGAACAUUUUCAAAUGGCGGGAAGCUCCCGGAGGACGUUGAUUAGUGAAAUGCAUGAGUUGGAUAGUGCCUACCAUGGCCAUGAUGGUGUUCAUAUUGCUCAUGAAAUGGAGAAUGCAGCGACAUACUUAAGGAAUGGAAAGGCUCCUAAAAGACGGGGUUUUGAGGUGCUGAAAAAGGGAGAGUUUGCUGGCAACUUUGACGCUUCUGGCAUACCAGGUACGAACACAUUUGCUCAUGGCCAUGUCAUUAGGAACUUUCGAGGAACUCUCGUGGAUUUUGCAUUUGGUAAGGCUGUCGAUCCUUGUAAAGGAAAUUCAUCAGGAUUUAUGGAGAUUUUUUCCUAUUCUAAGAUGAUUGAGAGAGUGGAUCCUAGAAAAUGUCCGGUUCUAGAGGCUCGAUGUGAUAACGAGUUAUCCAUCAACGUUCUUAAUGGGUCAAAGCCCUAUGAUGGAUUUAAGCAUGCUCGACACUAUAAGAACAUUAUGAAACCUAUCAGAGUUAUUGAAAAAGCAAAAUACCGAAAGGGGAAGUGAAGGUUUAAGAGGGUGGAACGUGAGGCUAAUUUUGUAGAUGACCAUGUCUCGCACAAAGGAAGAAGUUUGGCAAUUAACAAUGAUGUUGUUGGUAACCGUGAGAUGUUAGAAAAAUGAUUGGACACUUAGAGAGUUUAUCAAUCGGGAUUUACCUUCAGGGAUUGGCUUCUGUUUUUUCCCCGAAGUGAAGGCAGCAACCUCUAAGAGACACAAUUUGAAGAAAAGAGUAUUCAGAUGCGUCAACUGUGGGGAAGAGGACCAUAUCUCUAGAAUGUGCCCGUACGAAGAAGUUUUGGAAUCAGAAAGAGCAUGCUUUAAAUGUGGUUUGCCUGGUCAUACAGCAAAGGGUUGUAAACGUAAAAGAGAUGAAUCAGAUUCAGAUGAUGAAUGAAGAUGUAUGGGUGAUAAAGUAGAGUUUCAUCAGUUUAACUUUUUAACUUUGGAUCAUUAGUUUGGGUCGAGAUUACUACUCUUUUCAGCAGUUUAUCUGUAGUUCUUAGUUUGGAUUUAGUUUUAACUGUUAAGUUUCUUUAAAAGCUAUUACAUACUCUUAAAUUAUUAUUACCUACUUAAGUAUUUGGAUUCUAUUUAUAGCUGGUA